AUGUCCUGCCAGCAGAACCAGCAGCAGUGCCAGCCCCCUCCCAAGUGCCCUCCCAAGUGUCCGUGCCCCGCCCCAAAAUGCCCCCCAAUGUGUCCCCCAAAGUGCCCCCCAAAGUGCCCUCCAGUCUCCUCCUGCUGCAGUGUCAGCUCUGGGGGCUGCUGUAGCUCUGGGGGUGGGGGCUGCUGCAGCUCUGGGCACGGGGGCUGCUGCAGCUCUGGGCACGGGGGCUGUUGCCUGAGCCACCACAGGCGCCACAGGUCCCACCGCAACAGACACCGGAGCUCUGACUGCUGCCAGCCUUCAGGGGGCUCCAGCUGCUGUGGCGGGGGGAGCUCCAGCUGCUGCGGAGGGAGCAGUGGUCAGGCCUCUGGAGGCUCAUGCUGCUGAAGUGGACCCUGAGCCAGGAAGAGCAGACGUGGGGACAGCAAACC